CCGCAUUAUUCGUGCUGUUCUUGCUAUUGUACGCAGCCUCUAAAAUAUUCGUGCUUUUAUUUUUAUGUCAAGUCAUAAUGCCGAUAUCUUGCCGUGUAAAAAGUUGUCACAGUUUAAGUGGAAAAAAUCCGGAGAUAAUAUUUCAUAGAUUUCCAUUUAAAAAUCCAAAAAUAAUUAAAUAUUGGAUUGCGGCAACAGGGCGAAAUAAUUGGUUUCCAGCCUCGAAUGUCCGAAUAUGCAGUUUGCAUUUCACAGACAAUGAUUAUUAUGAUAUAAACAAUAAACGAACUUUAAAACCAAACGUUAUACCAACAUGGCAUGUACAUCCAAAUAUAUUGGCAGUUUUCCAGGAAAGUACAAUGAAUAAAAUCAAUGAAUAUAAUCCAAUUAAUGAUAUUGUUCUGGAAGAAAAUAAACAAUCUGAAAAAUAUAAAAGUGAUGAUGAAACGACAAUUAUAUUAACAGAUAAUCCAAUUAAUGAUGUUCUAAAAGGAAGUGAACAAUCUGGAAUAUAUAAAAAUAGCGAUAAAACUACAGCGUUAUCAACAUGUUCCAAUUGUUCAAGAUAUAAUAAUCACUCACUUAACUAUAAUAAUCUAUUAUUGGAAAAUGAAAAAUUACAAAAAACAAUAGAAGAUUUGAAAAUAUUACAGCAAGAACGUUUAAAUCAGCAAGCAAACAUGUUUCGUACUCUUAUACAUAAUAAGGAAGCAACAUGGAAAAAAAAAUUGGAAAUGGUUGGAAAAAAAAAUAAAAUCUUAAAUUUA